AUGUCCAGAAUUCCGUUGCCGCAGAGCCUCGACAAGGAGUGCAUCAAGGCGGCGAAAAUCCUGAACUCGUUCAUGGACGUCGGCAGCGGCGUCGACAAGUUCAUCCCGCCCAACAUCCUGGCGAACGCCAAGGGUAUCGCCUUCAUGACCGUCAUCAAGGCCGGCUUCAUCUGGUCAGGACGUCUUGGCUCGGGCUUGGUUGUUGCUCGGUUGCCUGAUGGAAGAUGGUCCGCACCCUCUGCAAUCGGCACAGCCGGCGCGGGUGUCGGAGGGCAGAUCGGCGCAGAAAUGACCGACUUUGUCAUGAUUCUUAACACGCCCUCUGCGGUCAAGGCCUUCACUCACGGCGGAAAUGUCACACUCGGUGGAAACCUGUCAGUGAGUGCUGGUCCCAUCGGCCGCAGCGCCGAGGCGUCUGGCGCCAUCCGCAAUGUUGCGCCUGUGUUCUCGUACUCAAAGUCCAAGGGUCUGUUCGCCGGCGUUUCGCUUGAGGGUUCGGUGAUCCUGGAGCGCAAGGACGCCAACGCCAAGCUGUACGGCCGCCCCGUACGUGCUGGGGCGCUAUUGGAUGGCUCGGUCCCGCCGCCCCCGCAGGCCGAUGUUCUGUACCGCGCUCUGGAUCUCAAGGCCGCGGCCAACAACCAGUCGUACCUCAACCGGAGCCUGACACAGUCUUCGCAGGACAGCAAUCCUGCCCCGCCCGGCUACGGCGCUGGUUUCGGUGGCGCCAGCAACUACGGCAGCGCGUCGGGAUACGGUGCCUCGGGAUACGGGUCGGCGGGCUAUGGUGCUGAAGACAAGAAUGCUGGUGGUAGCACGUAUGGCGGUGCCAGCAGCUACCAAGCUGCACCGGUCGGCGAUGUCAAGGCACAGCGUGGCCCGCCGCCGCCGCCUCCCGCACGGGCAGCGACGAACAACAACAUGCGCGCUGUGGCCAUGUAUGAUUUCGCCGGCGAGCAGGCUGACGAUCUGUCGUUCACCAAGGGUGACCUGAUCAAUGUCACCAAGAAAACCGAGAGCCAGAAUGACUGGUGGGAGGGUACCUGCAACGGCAGGAGCGGCCAGUUCCCGGCAAACUAUGUGCGUCUGGACUGA